UUAUUAACGGAUGUCCGUUUAUUAUUUGACAGCUGUCAUUGUCAUUUCAGUUGAAUUUGUGGCGUUUAGUAUCAAAACAAACAAACGAUUUGUUUUCAAACAUAUUUUCUCCAAUUAUGGAUAGAAACAAGCUUAAGCCGACGAAAAAAUACGACAGGGUGAUGCCUCGCGUGUACAGCGAUUCGCAUUUGAGUUUAAAUUCGCAGUCUUUUGUCACACGCCACGAGAAAAGUCCAUCUAAAGUUGGCGGCAAACCUUCCACAUCCAACGUUAGUUCUAGUAUUUUCAGUGAGUUACCGGUGGUUUUGAACGACUAUAAUCCCGUUGAGCAUGUGAAGAAGGUGAUGACGCCGCGUGUAGUGAAGCCACGGAAGACUGUGAAGUCUUUAGAUCCUUGUUUGUCGCCUGUAAAGCCGCGUGUGUUUGCGCGACCGAGGGUCAGUCACAGGCCUCCCAACUCGGCUCCCUCUCUGCCUCGGAGGGACACGGAGGGCUGGUCGGACGCCCUCCGCCAGUGCCACUCCAGCCACUCACAGACUCAGCUCCAUGAAUUGAAGAGUGAAAUCCAGUCAUUCCGGGAGACAGAGAGGUUUCAGGCACUGAAAGCCAAGCUCUAUGAGAGCUGCGGAGUGGUGCUCAAUGACGAUGGCCAGCUGUGUGAGGACAAGUCCGUGCAGGUGGACUUAGAAGAAAAAGUUGAGCGUCCCACAGAUACAAGGUAA